AUGGCGGAUCGGGCGGAGUCGGCGGACGAGCGCGCGCUGCGCCGCGAGCUGCAGGAGCUCUCCAAGAAGCGCGAGGCGCUCGACAACUCAAAGCGUCGAGGCAGCGGAGCAGCAGCAGAGGGAGUAGCAGGUCGCAGAAGCGUGUUCGCGCGCCUAGGAGGCGAACCGGCGCGCGGCGGAGGCGCAGGCCGACAGGUGCAGCUGAAGGAGAACAAUGCUCGGGGCAAUGCGUCCUGGAGACUGGGGAAGCGCGACAACGAGGACAAUGGCCAGAACAGCGCAGUGAAGCGUCAAAGACUGCACUCGGCAGUGUCCAGGCCUGAGGGCGCUCACCACACAGAGAGGACGGAGACUAGCAGGACUUCUACCUCAGUUUCUUCGCCCUCUGCGAACAAUGCGCGUGCCCAAGAGCGGAAGCAGCGUGCUGUGGCACCGUACGCUCAAAAGGACGGCAUUGCGCGCAGUCGGCGCAUGUUCGGAGCGCUGAUGGGCCACUUGGGCAAGGCGAAGCGACAGAUUGAGAAGGAUACGGACCUCUUUAAGCGCCAGGACACGAAGCAGCAGGAGGCAGAGCAGAGGGAGAAAAUGCAGAGCCAGGAUCGCGAGAAGCGGGCUCGUCAAGAGGCUGAGGUGGCGAGACUGGAGGCGUCAGUGGCGCGUGCUGAGAUGGACCGCAGCGAGCAGAUCGCACGCACCAAACUGGAGCACUUGCAGACGGUCCGAAAGAGCGAAAGCCAAUCCAAGUUCCUGGUCACGAUCGCGUCGCCUCCGCUCUGCUACCUUCCGUCGAAGCACACGAAGGAGACGGAAGAUCUGGUCGCGGCGUCUAUGGAGGCUCACGAGGCGAAGAUGAAGGCUCUUUCGCAGAGUCAUGACGAAAAGCUGCGAAAGCUGGAGGCUGAGUUUGCAACGAAGUUGGAACAGCUACGCGAAGAGUUGGAAGCUGCGAAGAAGGGGGAGAAAGAAAAAUCGCCUGCCAAGGAGGCAUCUCGUAAAGAGAAGGAAGAUGCAAUGGAAGAUGACGACGAAGACAUGGAUCAGAGCAGUAAGAAGCCAGAGGAGGACAAGACCACUAAGGCCGAUGCAAGUGAAGAUCGGAAGUCCUCUGAUAGGGCUGCUGAAAAGGCUUCAGACAUGGAGGUGGAAGAUGAAUACAUCGUGCAGGAGACGAACGGUUCUCGCGAUAACGUUAAGGCUGCACCGACCACGGAGGCUUCGUCUCCUAGCCAAGCCAAAGACGAGAAAUCAAACACCAUGCAGCCCAAGAAGGAGCUGCAAGACAGCCCUCGGCAGCCAGCAAGGGCUGUUGUUGACGACAAAGCAAAGGAGGGCGCAAAGCCUGCCAGUCGGGAGGAAACCGCUGCCAAGCCUGCAGAGGAUGGCGAUGCGCAGUCUGAAAACGCUGCUGCCGAGCCCAAGGAGGACGCGGUAGCCCUUGUCGAUAAGAUGAAGGUGACGGAGCUGCGAGCAGAGCUCAAGAAGCGAGGACUCGACGUCAAGGGCCUGAAAGCUUCACUCGUGCAGCGGCUCAAGGAGGCGAUGCAGAACCAAGACGAAUCCAAGAAGCUCGCAAUGCAAAUGUAUCCAUUCCGUCAAAACCUCUCCUAUGUCAUCGAAAUCCCGUACACGAGCCCUGUGGACCCGGAGAGCUACGGCUUCCUCACGGUCGUGCUGCUGCUGACGGGGCUGGUCUUCAUGGCGCUCUUCUUCACGCGCGCCGUGGCCCCCAAGAAGAACGCGCUGGUGGAGCUGGUGCUGGCCUUCAUCGCGGCUCUGCUGCUGGGCUUCGGCUCGCUCUUCCUCUUCCUGUGGGCCGAGAUCUACGUAUAAGCAAGCACAAGUCAGUCCGGUCUCAGCCCAGCGCAGCAGCAGGCUGAAGCUCGUUCCAGCGAUAGAAGGCGCAGGUGACAGCAGUACAGAGAGAGAGAGAGAGGGAGGGCGAGGAGCUUGCAGUUUUGGUGGAGGCGAGCGCGCGCGCUGGGACGAGAACAGCUCGGCGCAGGACAGUCCGUCGUCAAAUUGAAGUAGACUCAGGCUUGGCGGAUCAUAGCGCUCCUGCCGCUGCUGCUGCUGCUGAAGAAGACAAAAAUAUGUUUAUUGUUUUUGCGC